AUGCAGGGACCACCUCGCCUAGUGGCUGUUGGAGAACUCAAGUCUUUCUGGACAGUUGAACUUGCGCACUAUUCUAUUCGUGAAGGCUACAUGGAUUUAAUCGGCGUCGAGCAUCACAUUGGGCAACUCGUCAAGUACAUGCGCUCUAGUAACCUCAAAUUUGGGUUCUUGUCGACAUACAAGAGCACUGUCUUUAUUCGGAGAAUGGGCCCUUGCCGUUUUGAGAUAUCAUUACCUAUUGGUGAAGGCGCAGCCUCCACUGCUCCCUCUCGCCGUGGUCGAGGCCGUCCCGCUGGUCGCGGUGGUCGUACGACUCGUGGCCAGCAGGGCGGUCCCCUAGCCGUCCGCGUGCCGCCCCCUCCGCGCAGCGUCACUCCGCCUGCUGCUCCUGCUGCGCCUGUGUUAUUUUGCUAUCAGUGCCUCCAAGCGCCGACAGUCUGCGUAAUGGGGGUGCUUCCCCCCUGUUUGGGAUACUCCCCGGCAGGGAAGAAGUACUCCCGUUGCGCGGGGAUGCACCAACCCUGCCUCUUAUUCCCAGCCGCGGCUCUGCCGCUGGCAUGUUAUGUUGUUCUUUUGUCCCAUGCCGCCGACUGCGCGCCCACUACCAGCAAGGCUGCGUCCUUGGCGGCCGUCAUCACCGCGGCCCGCUACCUUGAGGGAGUGCUCCAGCCUCUGUUUGCCUGGCUGCCCCUGCCGUCAGGAACAUGA